CCUUUUCCGCGCUAGUGCGCAAGCGCUACGCCCUGGCGCUGUCCAGCCUUCCGGCGCGGGGCGAGCACCGCGGAAUCCAAUGGGCGCGAGGCGUCAGGGCUGCGCAUGCGCGUUGCAGGCUCGCCCGGAAGUCAAUGUCUAGCUGCUGAGCGUGGACCCGCGGAGAUGAACCCUUUAACUAAAGUGAAGCUGAUCAACGAGCUGAAUGAGCGUGAGGUCCAGCUUGGGGUGGCAGAUAAGGUGUCCUGGCACUCCGAGUACAAGGACAGCGCCUGGAUCUUCCUGGGAGGACUUCCUUAUGAACUGACUGAAGGGGACAUCAUUUGUGUGUUCUCACAAUAUGGGGAGAUUGUUAACAUUAAUCUGGUGCGGGACAAGAAGACUGGGAAAUCCAAAGGAUUCUGUUUCCUCUGCUAUGAAGACCAGAGGAGCACAGUUCUUGCUGUUGACAAUUUUAAUGGGAUCAAGAUCAAAGGAAGAACUAUCCGAGUGGAUCAUGUGUCUAACUAUCGGGCUCCUAAGGACUCAGAAGAAAUGGAUGAUAUGACCAAAGAACUCCAGGAGAAGGGCUGUGGGGCUUUUACCCCCUCAGAGAGUUCAUCUGAGGGUUCUGAAGAUGACAAACCCACAAAAAAACACAAAAAAGACAAAAAGGAAAAAAAGAGAAGAAAGAAAGACAAAGAGAAGACUGACCGGGAGGUACAGGCAGAGCAGCCAGCCUCCUCUUCAUCACCCAGAAGCAAGGCGAUAAAGGAAAAGGAUGACCCUGGCUCUAAAAAGCACAGCAGCAAGAACUCAGAGAGGGGUCAGAAGUCAGAGUCCAGAGAGGUGCGGAGGCACUAUCCCAGCUCUCCUGAGGUCAGGACCAUCUGCCGCAGUGGAGCAGAAGACAGAGAGAGGGAGCCGAAGAAGGAGAAGGCUAAGCAUGAACAUAGGUCCUCAACCAGGAGGGAAGAAAGAGAAGAAAAGAACAGGGAUAGAGAUAGAUGUCGAAGCUCAGACACACAUUCCGGCCGGCACAAUGGACGUUCUGAGGGACAUAGUCAGAGAAGUAGAAGUAGGAGCCGAGAUAAAUCUCACAGGCAUAAAAGGGCCCGACACUCCCGGGACCAGGAGUCCUCUAACCCCAGUGACCGCAGGCAUCACUGAAACUGCAGCCCGUGACUGCCUGGUAGAAUUGCAAAUGAACUGGCCUUUAAAAUGCAAUCAUAUUCAGUUAUGCUUUUACUAUUACUACAAGUAAAAUCUCUGAGGCUGAAUUCUUUUAAUCCCUUGAGUAUUAGAGUCAUAGACAGCUGUAGUUUUAACAGCCAAAUAUCCUGGAUUUUUAAGUGAAAUCCAUUGUUCCUGGGAAUAUGCUCGUUACCUACUGGAGGAGGUAUCCUAAAUUUGGUUUCAUAAACAUGGCCCUUGAAUUUAUGACCCCAAUUUAUGACAAAAUUGCCAGGAAAGGGGAAAUAUCAGGCAAUUCUAGAAUUCUGGUCUUUGUGCUAGAUGUUUAGGUGACCUUUCCAGUUGGCAGGUAUAGCCAUAGAAUAGAGAAGUGUGGUUUAACUAGGUUCGGACAGCUUGAUGUGAAUGUGAUAUUGAUUCCUAACACCAGCCCGCUCCCUCUGCACCCCACCCUCCUUUAAAAAAUUUUUUUAUAAACA